AUGGACAACACCUCAGUGGCAUCCACCUCGGCUCAAGUUCGGGGAAAAAGAAAGAAGACGGAACGGGACAGUGAUACAGAUGACCUGACCUCACAAAUGAGCAAAAUCCCAUGUGUUGACACGGACGAAGAAUCGAUUAAUAAAAGGAUCACGCGUGGUUCAAUGGCGAUCACUUGGAACAUUAUGAAUGUGAACACGGACUCUGAACCGCAAUCGCAGUCAUGCUCCGAGGCGGAAAUCAGGGGUGUUAGGAAACCUCCCAAGAAACCUGGGAGAAAGAAGAGAAGCGUGGACGAACCAACGAUCGAACAACGGUUUCGUCCUCUCCCGGAAAAUGUGGACAAGCUAAACAUCGCCCCGGUCUCUCAAAUAAGAGCGUCGGCCAUUGAAUGGCUAGAUGACAUUGAGAUCAUUAGGGCGAAUAGCAACUAUCAAGGUGCCCUUAGUGGUCAAAUAAGAAAAAGAGUCGGUGUGAUCAAAGAAAUUCUUAGAGUCUUUGGCGAAAAAAUCGAAGAUGCCGGCGAUCCUAGCUAUCUAAGAAGAAGAAACACAGAGCUAGCCGCCGAACUAGCCUCAUCAAAAAGAGAAACCGCCAAACUAAGACGCGAUGUACAAGAUCUUCAAUAUAUAGUUGGCGAUCUUAAAAGAGCAAUAGAAGGAGGCCGAGCUACUGAGAAAGCUGAGAAGGCAACCUCCCCGAUAGAGAUUCCCUGCAAGAGCUCCAAAUCCAAAUCUAAAUCCAAAUCUAAGGAAAGGAAGGAUACACCUACAAAUUCCAGUGUAAAUGCAGCUAACGUGCAAUUUACAGAUGUAGUCAUGAGACCCCCACUUAAAAGUGUCUCAGUACCGAUUCCGGCAGUAGAAAGAAGCUCAUUGAGAGAGUAUCAUGAUGUUGAUGCGAAGUUGUCUCGUCGUAUUGUAGAGCUGACCUCGAGGAAGAGGGAACUGAGACAAUCUCUUAAAGAGCAGGAACAAAGUCCUGCUCCAGUAACCGUCCCAGUCCAGUCCUCACUAGGAUUAGCAAAUAAACCCAGGAUAACCAGCAACAUCCAGAUCGUUGCUCCUAAAGGAAAGAUGAUGACCCAAAAGUCAUUAGAUUCACAUAUUAGCGAACCUAUGGAGGAUAAGCAGACCGCCCCCAUCAAUCAAAAGGUUGCUGCUGCUAAACUAAAGGAAGGCAACCACAACAAGAAAAGAAGACCCCCUAAAACAGCAGCUGUUGCGAUAAAAGGAAUAGCGGAGGGCUUCUCCUAUGCAGCCGCUUUUAAGAAGCUUAGAGAAGAAAUCUCUCUCGGUGAUUUGCAGAUCGACAAAUCAUCCAUUAGACACACUGCAAACGGAGGCAUUGUAAUUGAAGUGCCUGGUAAAGAUAAAGCUAUCAGAGCUGAGGCCUUAAAAGAGAAAGUUGCCGGAGUACUAGGUGAAACGGCAGUAGUUACAAGACCGGUCGUGAAAGGCGAAGUAAGAAUAAUCGGAAUAGACGACUCGGUCGUCGCUGAUGAAGUAGCUGAUGUGAUCGCCACAGCGGGAGAUUGUAAAUCUGACGAGGUCAAAGUUGGCAUAAUUCGACCCAUGUCCAACGGAUUAUUUACAGUGUGGGCUCAGUGUCCUCUUGCGGCUGCUAUUAAGGCAACCCAAAAGAACAAAAUUAAGAUUGGCUAG